AUGUCCUCCACUGCAGCUGAACGACGUCAAGUCUUUUUAGCGUGUAAGGCGAUCUUCUCUGGCCCUGACGCCCUGCUUCGAAGGUCGAAGGCCAUUAGCAAACGCCUUGCAGAGCACCAAUCCUCACUUUGCACUUUAAUCCCCGAUUUCGACAUCAAUAGAGUCUCUCUUAUCGUUCAGGAACUCCUGAAAGAUGGGGUAUUCGAAUCAGAUAUCAAGGCACGCCUCAUAUUCCCCGAUCUUCCUGCGCCAUCAACGACAAAAAAGAGCGAACAGGAUUCCUUUGAAGACGAGGCAGCCCGUACGGUAGCGGAGACUGUCAGGGAGGUCGAGUCAGUAUGCGACAGAGAGGAAUGUGAAACCACAAAGGUUCCUCCUAUAUCGGUGUCUGUGAAGGUAGAGGCUUCUGCGGAAGAAAGGGCUUGCAUCGACCGAGCAAUUACUUCCUUGCCUUCGCCCCCAUCAUCAGCAGAACCAGAGCUGCGAAUUCCAUCACUAUACCCAUUGUACUUCCCAUACCAUGCUCAGCAUUCUAUCCUGUCACAAGUCCAGCAAGUACUGGAAGAAUGCUGUUUUGAUUUUACAAAGAAAUGGCUUCCUUUGGAACUUGACAGCCAUGGAUGGGAUUGCGCCGCUGCGGUAGAGCUCACAAAAUGGACAAGAUUGUUAAUGAAAUGGUCACCACAGCUUCCUGAUGUGUCGUUACAUUCGAAUGGCCCAGAGUUUCACGAACGUCUUGCUGAUGUUUCUGUAAUCCGACACACUGCAGUUCAUCGAAUCCCAACAACAGCUCGAGGGAUUGACACAUUAGUCGUUUCGGCUAUGAGACUAACCGAAGCUUUGCGGGAUACAUUGCGCACGUCACAACUGAAAGACCUUCACCUUGAUAUUCAAGCCAAGAUCGAGGCGAUGGAGUUUAACAAGAACGCUCUUGAAGAGCAUCUUAGUCGAGAGUUGGAAGCCAUCCAGCGGCAACGAGAAGAACUGGACAGGAAGGAGGUAGAACUUCGAGCAAAAACUAUCGCUAGUGAUAAUGAGAAUAAAGGGCUUAUGGGUCUCUUGGUUAAGGAAUCAAUGGAAAGGAUCUUUAGCGGUGGGACUUAUGAAAAUAGCUCAACUGGGUUUGUAACAGCUGAUGAGAGGGCGGAAGAUGACUGA